AACGUUGCCACAAUGACCAUCCCCGCCGGGGACGAAGAAAGGUGAGUCCCUGCCGCAAGAUCCUCGGGGCUGAUCCCACUGGCAGGCCGGCCGGCCGCUGCAGGACGUUCUAUGGCAGGCGGAGAGCCGAGCCUGAUCAGUAUCACAUGAUGCAACGGCAGUGGCCGCAGCAGUAAGAGCCGCGCAAGGCUGGGUCGAACUGGAGGGAGGGAAAGAGAAGCCAGGCAGGCUGGUGCGCCGCUGCCGCAGCAUGCGCAAUGAGCGCGCCACGGUAGCAGAAGCCCCAGCUCGUGGCUCCAGGGAUCGGCCGCUGCUCCUGUCGGUGCCCGUGCCGGCCGCUCGCUCCAUGUCUCCCCUUCCCUGCGGAAGUGUGCUUGCUCGAGGGGCAGCCUCCCACUGAACCGUCGCCCUGUGCGCCUGCUUGCCCUCCCGCCGCGCCCUGGAUGGUGCUUCUCCCGCUGGUGGUGCCGGCAGCGGCGGGGGCAGUAAUAUGCUCACGCGGGUGAAGUCUGCCGUGGCCAAUUUCAUGGGCGGCAUCAUGGCUGGCAACUCGGGCUCGGAGCACAGCGGCGGCGCCUCGGAUCUGCCCCUGCGCUUUCCCUACGGCAGACCCGAGUUCUUGGGGCUCUCUCCGGACGAGGUCGAGUGCUCCGCCGACCACAUCGCCCGGCCCAUCCUUAUCCUCAACAAGGAGACCAAGCGCCUGCCUUGGACCACAGGAUACGCCGAGGUGAUCAAUGCAGGGAAAAGUACGCACAAUGAAGACCAGGCCAGUUGUGAAGUGAUUUCUGUAAAGAAGAAAACAGGAGUAACGAAUUCUACGCCAAACAAAAAUGUAUCUACCAAGCGCCGGUCAUCAUUGCCAAACGGGGAAGGGUUGCAACUAAAAGAGAAUUCAGAAUCAGACGGCCUCUCUUUCUACUACUGGUCAUUAUUUGAUGGACACGCAGGAUCUGGAGCAGCUGUUGUAGCAUCGAAGGUGCUUCAGCACCACAUUGCGGAACAACUCCAGGAAAUUGUGGACAUUUUAAAAAACUCUGCUGUCUUGCCCCCAACCUGCUUGGGGGAGGAGCCAGAGAACAUGAAUACUAACAGCAGAACUCUAACUAGAGCUGCCUCCUUACGUGGGAACGUUGGAGCUCCAGGCUCACCUGGCACCCCACCAACACGUUUCUUUACAGAAAAGAAAAUCUCUCACGAGUGCCUCAUUAUAGGAGCCAUUGAAACAGCAUUCAGGGAAAUGGAUUUACAGAUAGAGCGAGAAAGAACUGUGUACAAUAUAUCUGGUGGUUGCACAGCCCUUAUUGUGGUGUACUUACUAGGAAAGCUCUAUGUAUAAUGCUGGGAUAGCAGGGCCAUAAUAAUCCGAAAUGGAGAAAUUAUUCCAGUGUCUUCAGAAUUCACUCCAGAAACAGAACGUCAGCGUCUGCAGUAUCUGGCGUACAUGCAGCCCCAUCUGUUGGGAAAUGAGUUUACACACUUUGAGUUUCCAAGGAGGCUUCAGCGUAAGGAAGUUGGAAAAAGAAUGCUUUACAGAGAUUUUAAUAUGACUGGCUGGGCAUACAAAACCAUUGAAGAAGAUGACUUGAAAUUUCCCCUUAUAUAUGGAGAAGGCAAGAAGGCUCGUGUCAUGGCAACUAUUGGGGUUACAAGAGGUCUUGGAGAUCACGACCUGAAGGUGCAUGACUCAAACAUCUACAUCAAGCCUUUUUUGUCUUCAUCUCCAGAGGUGAGAGUGUAUGAUCUUCUUCAGCAUGAACAUGGCCCAGACGAUGUCCUGAUCUUAGCCACAGAUGGCCUCUGGGAUGUACUAUUAAAUGAAGAAGUGGCAGAAGCUGUAACUAACUUCCUACCAAACUGUGACCCUGAUGACCCCCACAGGUACACGUUAGCAGCUCAGGAUCUGGUGAUGCGAGCCAGGGGAGUGCUGAAAGACCGAGGCUGGAGAAUAUCCAAUGACAGACUGGGUUCAGGAGAUGACAUUUCUGUUUACGUCAUCCCUUUAGUACAUGGAAACAAACUGCCAUAAAAGAUGCACCGAUACCUGUUGUGGGCAAAAUGUACUUUUUAGUAAGGACCUUUGGAAAAGGCAGGCUGCUAAGAAAUAAGAAUGCUGGUUUUAGAUAUAUUCUAUUCGAAAUUUGGCUGGACUGGACAACUUUUCUACCUUGAUUGUAGGGGCUGGGUGGCAGAUGAUUAAACGUAUCUUGUUGCAGCUUCCCUAUGUUAAUGUCAUUUGGUGUAUAUCAGGGCCAGGACUUCAAUGUUACUAGCAUUAUUAGUGAUUCCUUUUUUGAUGUCCUCCUGGUGAGGACCUAUUGUAAUCUAAUAAAUUCCCCUGUCUUUUCCAGUUCAUUGUAGCCUGAAAAUGUUACUUGGAUUUGAAGUGGAAACUGGUAAAGUAGCCAGUCUUCACCCAAAUUAAUUUUACUUUAGAACAAAUAAAUGUAGAACAUAUUAUGGUGAAAAAAAGAACUGAUCUGUCAAGUAUAAGAUGCAAUUUUUUUAAAAAACUCAUAUUUUAGUGGAGAACUAAAGCAAUCUAUUUAUGAACAUGAAUACAAGCUUUUUUUCCUCUUGUAGCUUAUCUUUCAAUUCUUGGAACUUUGCAGUUCAUUUUAUAUAUUUGGGUGGUAAGGCAAUUUUCCUGCUCUGAACGUAAGUCUAAUUUAUAAAAGCUGUUAGCAAAGUUGCCUAAGAAAAGAACAAAAAAUUAUUUGAUUUGGAAAUAUUCUUGUAUUUUUUUGUUUCCCUGUUGGGAUUUUUGUGUCUGUAACUAUGAUGUAGCAGACUGGGAGAAACCUUACUUUAGAAAGAUUUUCCCAGAAGUAAACAUUUUUUUUGGCACCAGACAUUUUCAUUCAUUGAAUGCUUCUGUCUGUUGAACAUAUAUCCUGUUGAAAGGAUCAUUACAUACAUACUGUAUAAUCAUCUCUUGUAUGUUUCCAAGUAUAUUCUUUAUCUAAUAGUAGAGGGUUUUGAAGCUAUCCUACUGAACAAAUCUUUCCAUCUUUUCUUACUAAGCUACUUCAGCUUUAGUUUCUUUUGCUGUUCAUGUAAUCACAGGUGAGAUAUUGUCUUGAAAGGUAGUGGCACUUGAUAGUGUUAACUUAGAAGACAGAGAAAAGAGCCUUUCAUAAAGGCAACAUGUAUUGGCUUGUUUGUUGUUCUUCUGCUUACUGUGCUUUCAUGUCUUCACAUAUGAGAAAACAAAUAAGUAAAAGAAUUAUAUUUAUCUGCACAACAUCUUUAUCCUACAAUGGGAUUUCUAUGUAGCUUUACCAUCACUUAAAAUAGUUAAAAGUGGCUAGGUUCCCCAUAUAUACUUCCAAAACCAAGCAGUUUACCAUUAAAGUCUAGACUAUCCAUUAAGCGUAAGGAGUGGCUUGUACAUUGGCAAGAAGAGAAUGCUUGAAAUAAAACUUAUUGAGAAACUGAGUUGGUAUAUUUUUAGGGAUACUAUUUAGCAGAUGACCUGUCUCAAGUGUUCUUCCUAGGGAAGUUGCUAAUUUUAAGCAAAUAGUGAAUGUUCCCCCAACCCAUUUAAGUGCUUUCCUAAACAGAGUAGGUUUGGAAAUAAUAAUUUGCUUAAACAAAAAAUCAUAUUUUCUCCUGUAACAGAUGUUUAAUUUAAGCUGCUAUGUAAGUCACAUUCAGAGACAAAGGCCUCUUCCAACAUGCUACUUCAUUAAGCUUCAAUCUGAACUGGAACUGUUCAGAAGAUGAUAAUUGACUUCUGACAUGAAUUAAAACUCACUGUUAUCAGAGAACUGUGUGUUGGACUUGGUUAUGUCUGGUGUAUAACAUUUUUAUAGGAAGCAGAUGUUUCAUUAACCAGAACCAUUUGACAAUACAGUAAUGAAGUUAUUUUCAGUAUAUUACUUCUGUACUUCCUUCCAUUUGCUCAGAUCACUUUCUAUUACCAUUGCCUCAAGAGAUAUGGGUGUGGUAUAGUUUAGAAUUCACAUCUCUAAAAACUCUUUCUCUGGAUAAUCAUUCACUUUGGGCAUUCCCAUGCAGUAGAUCUUUGACUUGCAUACUUAUGUUUUCCACCAAUUUUGAAUGUGUUCUGAAAACAAUUUGUAGACCUUACUAUCAUUCCUUAUUCUGUGAUAACUGGAAGUAUAUUUUUGAACAGGCUCACCCAGAACAAAAAUAUUUUUGCCAUUGCAGGAACACUACUGACAGUAUUUUAAUUUCACUCUAAUUGCAAGAAUGUAUACAUUUUAAAGUAGUCUUGAUUACAGCUCUGAAAGAGAACUAAAAUAUUAUCUAGAUUGUUAUCUUCAACCACAUUAUAGUAAAUGGCACUUAUCUGAAACAUCCUUCAUUUCCAGUGUUGUAUGUUUUUACAUUACUUUAGAUUUAAUGGUGAAGUUGCAAGCACGAUUUUAUUUACCUAAUUUUCAAUGGACAAAUAUAUAUCCUUCUACUCGCACCAUCUUCAAAGUAAUUCUAGUAAUGACAGUUGUUUUCCAGGAAGCAGCAGGAAAAUGCUUAAAUCAAUUUUUUUCUUUAAAGAACCACAAAUAUGGCUGCUGGUCAGAUAAAAUUUCACGAAUGAAUAGUUAAUAUAAAGUGUAAUACAUUUGGGUUCUUUGUCUUCAAUUUACUUGCACAAAAUCUCACCCAGUUUAGUGACUUUGCCUACAUAAAGUUGUAUUGGCUGUAAAAAGCUUCUGAGAGAGACUCAUAGUUCUUAAAGAAAAUGUAGAUGUUUGUGUUUAGAACAAAGUGAUGACAUUUGCACUCUUAAAACAAACUCAGCAAUGAUUCUGAAACUUUUAUACUGAUCUUCUCCAAAAGGCCCAGUGAAGCCAUGGUUCUCACAUACUUUUAGAGCUCCCUUAGGUCACUAAUAUCUCCCUAUAUCAAAACAUUUUAGAUUAUGCUCCAAAGAAUGAUACUUCUGAGACAAUAAUGUACUUUCCAGAUAAACAUAUUUUAUAGAGCCUGUGUAUUUUACUAUGUUACAAUCCCAAACAUUUGUGAAAGUGAACAGAAAGCUAUGCAAACCAUAUUGCCAAAAACAAGUUCAAUUAUGACAGCAAAGCUCUAUCCCUAUUUCCCUAACAAGCAUAUCAGUAACGUGCACAGUAAUACUUAAUAAUUUUUAUUAAUCAUAGCAUUGAGUUAGUACUAUAUGUAAAUAAUCAAGCUUUGUUCGUGCUGCUGUUGAUACUUCAAUGGUUUUAUAAUUCUAAACACUGCUGAAAAUUGUUAAAAUGUAAUUGGGUCACAGUGUGUGCAACAUUGUGGUUAUGGGAUAUUAUGGGAUCCCAGUUAAUAUCCCAGUUAUACGAUAUUAAAGGCCUCUUAGACAUGCAUAAAAGAGAAAACAAAAGUAAUGGCAGAUUAGACAACUGUCAUUGUAUCAUAAUACAUUUUUAACAGUAUUGGUCAUUAAUCACUAAAAAAAUCUCAAAAGGAAACUUGGGUGAAUCUAAUUUCUUAUAUUGCAUGUCUUUAAAAGGCCAGGUUUAGAAGAACAUUAGGCAAGUAUGCAUUGAUUGGUUAAAGGUGGUAGAAGUUUAUCUGCAUUAUGGAGAAUUUAGACAAUAAGAUGAUCUUUGUAGGCUGGUAAAUUCUAAAAUCUGCCAAUGCUAAGGCUUCUUGUAAUUGACCAAAUUACCAAGUACAGAAAUUGUACAUGAGAAACCUCAUUAAAUAACUCCACUCACCUACUUCUCAUUCCAAACAAAGGGCAUUUAUUCAUUUAGCAACAAAAACAAAAUAAAAUACAACUUCUUAGAGAAUUUUACAAUUAUGAUUGGAUGCCAACUACUGUAGCCCAAAAUUUCUUUUGCUAAGAAAUUUAUUUUGUAAAGAAUCUUUAAAUGAUCAUUGUCACAAUUAAGAUAUCAUUAUAAUGUUAUAGAAUCUAAGACUUCCCUCCUUUUGAAUGUUCUUACAAUGGCCCUUGAGAAAGGAUGCAUCUUAACUGAACUUUCAAACCAUCAGUAUAAAUUACCGGUACUUAAACAAGUAGUAAUCGUCAGUCAAUAAGAAACUUUAAAGGGUGCUAUUAACAGGAAGGUUCUUGAGAUGGCUGCUGGCUUCGUUAAGUAAGCUGACAUCAUUAAGUGAAAUACUUUACAUGUCCUUUCUUUUGAACAUCGAUGUUUUGUCCACAUUUACCAUACAAUACAAAAUUGCCAAAUGCCAAAUGGUUCUCUUGCCCUUUGCAUAUGUACUUUUGUGGUUUGUAUCUCAUGUUCUGAACUAUGUGAAAUCUGCAUGCACUUUCUCUUGUAACUUUGUUUCCUGUUAUAUGAAAAUGAUGUUGUGUAUAUCAUGUAGGCAGUGCCCAAAUACCUCUUUAACUAUUCAACCAUUCUGCCAAAACAAUAUACUUGAAGGAGGCUUAUCCCUGUCACUUUUUUGUUCAUGCAUUAUAUUUCAGUUUAAAUUAAGCAGCUGCCAUAUUUUUCAUUCCCAUUUUGGUACAGUGACUGUAUGUAAGGAAUGUAUUAUUUUUUAGGUUCAGCAUUCCAAACAAUGAAAAGAAUCUGUUGGAUUAAAAAUGGUUUGGAUCAAUGUACUAAAACAUUGUGACUGAAAAUAUCAAAACUUUUUGUAAUCAGAGAACAAAAGAUGUUUAGUAAAGGGAUAUUUUUAUGUGUGUUGAAACUUCCAAGUGCAAUGGAAAAGGAAGGAAUGGGAAAAAUGUAUGCACAACAGUGUUUUAAAAAUGAAAUUGUAAAAAAUAAACAUAAAAACUUA